UCUGCGUUUACACAGAAUAUUAUAUAUCGAUUAAUAUUACAAAAGGUUGAUAUGCAUUACAGAAUCGACGUUAAAUUGAUUAUCCCGAAAGAUUGCCCUGUCUACUCAAUGAAGCGGAAAAACCGCGGAAAAUGUGUGGUAUUCAGCCACAAGAAAUUCCCAGAUAUAAAUUUAUAUCGAAACGAGACGGUUUAUGAUGAGAAUGCGAUAAGAGAAACCUUUUCAGCUCUUGGUUUCGAAGUUGUGAUUCAUAAGGAUUUGUACUUCAUUGAUAUUAUACAUAUAAUUGAUAAAUUAAAAGAUGAAGAUCACAGUGAUUCUGAUUGCAUUUGCUUCUUUGUGUUAACACACGGCGACAGUAAAGGUGCAAUAUAUGCUUCCGAUGGGUCUUUUUAUUCAAUUAACAUAAUCUGGCAAUUAUUCACUGCGGAUAGUUGCCCAUCAUUGGCCGGCAAACCAAAACUAUUUUUCGUACAGGCUUGCAAAGGUUCCGAAGGCGAUGAAGGUAUUGAAGGUACUGAAGAUACUUAUACAGAUUCAAAUGAACCAAGCUUCAUAAUUCCUACGAGAGCAGAUUUUUUAUACUGUUUCAGUACUUCGGAAGGUUAUUAUGCAUUUCGUGAAAAUAAUGGCUCGUGGUAUAUUCAAACUUUAUGCAGAGUUAUUAAUGAGUAUUGGCAGCAUUGUGAUAUGAUAAAAAUGUUAACGAUAACAUCACGGAUAGUUGCCACGGAAUAUUUAUCUCAACACAAUAACUCGAGUAAAAACGAAAAGAAGCAAAUGCCUUUUUUUGUCUCAACAUUAAUUAGAAAUCUAUAUUUUACUUAG